UUAUUUCAUGUAGGGGAGGCCAUUCAGGAGUUUCAUUUAGAGGAUUGGGUUCACCUUGAUGUGAAGCCUGACAACAUCCUCGUCAACUGGUCAUGCGAGAAUAACGGGACAAAGACAGUCUCCGAGGCAGCACUUGGCGAUUUUGACAUCGCCUUCAGAUUUGAAGGCAUCGACAAGCUUAACCUCCGUCAUGCCAUUGGUAACGCUAUGUGGCGAAGUCCGGAGGGACAGGCAGGAAGGGGCUUGACCAAGGCCUCGGACAUCUUCUCGUUUGGUCUAGUCUGCCUUUACGCUCUCGGAGCCGCCGACUAUUUGCUUUUGGAUGAUUAUCAAGAGCUGGCAUCGCGUGGAGUCUCGCCAACACAGGAGAUGGGCAUGGUCACCCGGCACUUCUGCUAUUUCGGUCCAGUACCACAAGGAUUGUUCGAGCAAGUCGACGAUCAGACUUGGGAUGCCGCCUUUCGAGAUUCUGCAGAAGCGGCGAGACAGGCGGUCGAGGACAAUCCUGGGCUCAGCUUCGCAACAUGGGACAAGCAACUUGAUCCGGAAGCAUACGACAUAAUUGCCUGGAUGACCAAUUUGGACCCAGCUACCAGACCGUCGAUCGAACAGGUGUUGAAUUGUCCGUGGUGGCGUGUAGGUGCAUAA